AUGACGCCGCUGUACCACGAUUUACGCCAACUUCUCGACGAGUCGAGGCCUCUUGUCUCUUGCUUCGUCGGAGCCGGCCCACACAGUCUGCGUCCCAGGCCCGAGACCCGCUUCCCGCCGCGCCUGGUGCCUGUCCUCACGGAGGAGACGACAGACUGGCCAACGGCGUCUGUCCACGAGCCCCAGACUGGCUGUGGUCGGGACUUGGACUCAGGCCUCGGUCACUUCACGCUGCUUCAUCUUCCAGAGCCCGGACUGUUUCCGCUAAUGUCAGGAAAGUCGUCGGAUUGCGCCGCAGCUUCGGGCAUUGGACCCUUGGCCUUGCUCAGCCAGAUUGUCCUGGGCACUGGCGCCUUGCUACCACAACUCGCGGGCGAGUUGGUUUGGGUGAGAGAACAUUUGGCAAAAUCUUUAAUUGUUACUAUCAUUGCUGCUAGUCGUAAUGUUAAUGCCUUCUCUUAG